AUGGCCGACUCGUCCGUACAACCUCAGCAACUUCUGAGGAAACACUCGCUGCAGUAUUCGACGUCUUCGCUUGGCCAGCAAUCAUCCCAGGGCCCGCCCAAGCUACGCAGAAGCGCCUCGGCUGCCGUCCGCUCGCAGUACAACACGUCGUCGCACACGACCAAUCAAUCUCGCCGACCGACCAAUCCCUCUCUCGCGCGCGAUCUGUCCGAACCUGAGUUGCGCUCCCACAACGGCCUCUCCUACAACCACCUUGCCAAUCUCGCCGAGCACGCUGCCGACGAGAAUCCCCAGCUGCGUGUCGUACCGCCGGACGGUGCUGCUCGUCCGGACUCCAUCUCGCUCUUCAGCGCCGCCUCGCACUCCCACGACACCUCUCCCUCUCCCGUCGGCUUAUCUGCACUCCACUCUGCAAACGCCCAGACUCUCCCUACCCAGCCCAAGCGCCCGUCUAUCUCCCUCAGAUCACAGACCGCCGGCUCGCGUUUCAACUCGCUGCGCAACUCGACCAGCUUCCGUCUCACUCGCAACAAUUCAACCGCUGGUCCUAUGGACAGCCUGUCACCCCGUCCGGAGAGUUCGAAACGCCUCAGCGAUGAACUGAAGGCCAAGAAGAAGAGCGGCUUCAGCAUAUCCAGCUUGUUCAAAUCCCCCGGCCGACCCACCAUCUCUGCUCCGGAGAAUCCUGUUCAUAUCACCCAUGUCGGCGUUGACAACCGUACCGGCGAGUUUACCGUAANNGGUCUUCCGCGCGAAUGGCAGAACAUACUGGCUAGCGCUGGCAUUUCGGAGCAGGAACAAAAACGCGACCCCAAGGCCAUUGUUGACAUUGUCACUUUCUACAAGGAGAACGCAGAGAAGAAUCCCGAAGAUGGCAUCUGGCAGAAGUUUGGGCAAGCCCAUGCGCGCGACACCNCCCAGCAUAUGUCUCCCNCGAGCGGCCUCACAUCGCCCAUAGUUACUCCUGGCUCAGGAUUCAACUCACUUGUCAGUCCUCCGCAAAGCCCACGUUUCCCACCCAACAACGAGGACAGCUUUGAGAAUCCCAGAGCCGCUCCUCCUGUCCCUCGCAACGUCGGCCUUGGUCUUGGUCCCAUGUCGCCUACUAUGUCCAGCGGCAACACAAUACCUCUGCGUGCAGCCNCCCGUCCUCCUGGUGCAACUCCUACUGGUCCUGAUAUGACUCCUGCUCGUGCAGCCNCUGCUGUCCCUGGAACAACGUCUCCUCAACAACAGAAGUCCCAAGAUGAAUACCCUGCCGUUCAAUAUGCUCCCCCAACCAUCAACGAAGUAUCACAGCCUACUGUGUCUCGUUCUCGGUCAAACACCGCCACUCAAGCGCAACAACACCAGCUCCCGGCCGCUUCCUCGCCUUAUGCAUACCAACAACAACAGCAACAAGCUAUGGCUGCGGCUCAGGCAGCACUUCACCAAUCAAGUCUUGAACGCAAGCAAAGUCAGCGCACCCCUCAACCUCACGUCCAGAUCCCAAAUCCUCAAGCGGUCCCCAUGCCCAAUCAGGAAGCUCGCGUCGGCCCCGUUCCUCGACCGAGACAGCGACCCCAGCGUCAAAGCCAACAGCAGAAUGGAGAGAUUAUUGCGAAACUCAACGCAAUCUGCACACCUGCGGAUCCCACAAAGAAGUACCGCAACCUCAACAAAAUUGGCCAGGGUGCCUCUGGUGGUGUCUUUACUGCUUACGAGGUUGGCACCAACAAGUGCGUUGCGAUCAAGCAGAUGAACCUGGAGCAACAACCCAAGAAAGACCUGAUUAUCAACGAAAUCCUGGUCAUGAAGGACAGCAAGCACAAGAACAUCGUCAACUUCAUGGACAGCUAUCUGGUCAAGNGGGACUUGUGGGUCGUAAUGGAAUACAUGGAGGGUGGCAGUUUGACAGAUGUGGUCACAUUUAACAUGAUGUCGGAGCCGCAGAUUGCAGCUGUGUGUCGCGAGGUAUGUUUCUCUCGACUGAAAUUUCCUGUUGCAUUGACUGACGUUACAUCUAGANCUCUGCACGGUCUACAAUUCCUCCACUCAAAAGGAGUUAUUCAUCGAGAUAUUAAGUCAGAUAACAUCCUCCUAUCCCUCGAAGGAAACAUCAAAUUGACUGACUUUGGUUUCUGUGCACAAAUCAACGAGUCUCAACAUAAGCGUACGACCAUGGUCGGUACACCAUACUGGAUGGCUCCUGAGGUGGUAACACGAAAGGAAUACGGCCGCAAGAUUGACAUUUGGUCACUCGGCAUCAUGGCCAUUGAGAUGAUCGAGGGCGAGCCCCCAUACCUCAACGAGUCGCCUUUGAGAGCUCUGUACCUGAUCGCGACCAAUGGCACACCUCAGAUUAAGGCUGAGGAGGAGCUAACACCUAUUUUCCGCGACUUCCUCGCCUUUGCGCUCAAGGUUGAUCCUGAUAAGAGAGCCAGUGCGCACGACCUGCUGAUGGUAAGUGAUGGUGAUGAAAGAUGGUAUUUGAGUUAUAUGCUAACAAGGUCAACAGNNCAUCAGUUCAUCCAAGGAGCAGAGCCACUGGUGACACUUGCACCACUUGUGCGAUCGGCCCGUUCAGCAAGGGCCGAGGAGCGCAAGAACAAGGGCAUCUGA